CGGCCGGUCUUGUCGGACAGCGGGCUAUCGAUCAGCAUUCGUUUUUCAUUCUCUGCUGUGUGAACACGUUGCAGGAUUUGCGGUCAGACCUUCGAAUAGUGUUUCUGUUCCAAUAGGAAUAAUUAUUUAAAAAACUGAAAAUAAGUAAACUUUACGACAGCCGUGUUUUCGAUAUGAGUACCGCCGAGAACGAAUCAACUGCAGCAACUCAGGGGCCAGAAGCGCCCCAAGCGUCAGGGGAGGGGGAGCAACCGAAACAGCAAGAGGCAUCGCCUUCCGCGGAUUCGGUCCCCGCCACCAACGGAGUCAAGGAAGAGUCUUCCGCCGAAGAAGCGCCAACGGCAAUGGAAACUGAGCCUGCGGCUGCUGCCGGCGAAGAAUCGAAGUCUACCAGCGAAGCUACUCCUAAUGGUACCGUUAAAGAGGAAUCUAAAGCUGAUGGCAAUAAACCGGCAGAAAAGAAGGAACGUCCUCGGUUUAAUAGUGCGGCUAGAAAGCGAUUUAGACUGCUUCUCGGCCAAGGCUAUGACCGUGAAGAAGCGGCCCGUUUGGCUCAAGACCCGGAAAAGUUUAAAGAAGCGCGUGAAAAGAUGGGGCUGGCUGACAAAGGUAAAAAGAAAUUCGAUUUUGACGAAGAACGUAAGACGUUGAACGGAGCAGGCAAGAAGCGACUAGCCUGGUUGCUUAAGAACGGCUACAAUGAGCGGGAAGCAAUAGCACUAGCUCGUAAGCCAGUUGAGAGCUUGAAGCGCGGCAGAUCAGACGGUUUGAAUGGUAAUUCUGCCUUUGGUCCACCCAGUAAACUGGCGAAAACUUCUGCUAGUACUGGAACGAUCCGUAUGGCUGUUACUAUGGCCAAUCAUCCUGCUAGCGUUCUUACAAAGGAUCAGUCGAACAAAGUAAAAUCCGGAAUUCUUAAACAGGUGAUGCAACAAAAAGAUUCACCGUUGAAGCCACACUUUGAAGAUUGUGUUUUUGUUGAUGGUUAUUUAAGAGUUCUCUGCUCGGAUCAACCGACCGUGAAAUUCCUGCAACAAAACAUACCAAAGCUGGAGCUCUGGAAGGACGCUUCGCUUAAGGUCAUUUCCGAGAAAAACAUCGCCAAAACUGACAUAUUCGUCGGUAAUUUCACCGAUAGCCGUCAAGACAGCAACAAGGACAUUUUGAGCUUUGUCGAGUGUCAAAAUGAUGGCGUCAGUACAUCACAAUGGAAAAUUUUGUCACGAAAGGAAAUUCCUAACAAACAAACGAUUGAGCUAAAGUUGACAAUGGAUCCUGCAUCUGUAAAGAUCAUCCAUAAACUGGGCUACGAGUUGAACUACAAGUUCAACAAGAUCCAGAUUCAACGAAUAAAAAAACCAGCCCAACCGUCGACAAAUGCGCCCCUCAAUUCCAACAGGGCCGUAGUGGCUAAGAACUUUCCCGUCAGGAGAAAUUUGAACCCAACAAGGUCGUCGUCAUUUGUUCCUAUCUGGGACAAUAAUCUACCCAAGCGUGCAGCUUUCAAUCGCGUACCAAGCCCUCCUAGGAGGAGCAACUUUGAUCGCUUUAGCUCCAACCAGUACGACUCUGGUUCUCGUGGCAACUGGGGUAAUGGGAAUAAUUCAUCGUACAACAGUAUGAAUUCGUUCAACAGCAGUGGAGGCAGUGGUCAAUCGAGCAGCCGACCAUACAGUCUAGUUGAGAAUCUGUUCGAUCAGUUAAACCGUACCACGGGUAGUGGUAAUAACAGUUUUGAUCGGUAUGGAUUGCGUCGCGGUAAUACUUCUUCUGUCAACAAUCGUAUCAACUCUGCCAGCGGUCGUAGCAGCAACUUUGCCAGCGGUCGUAGCAGCAGCUUUGCCAGCAGUCGUGGCAUGAAUUCGCUUGGAAAUCGAUCAUUUUUCACCACUUCGAGAUUAGGCUUUUUCUAAAGGCCGUAAUUGAAUUUUAUGGUAGAAUUCUUUGCAUUGACCAGUCUUAAUUAUCUAACUACUAAAUAAACUGUGACAUUCA